UCAGAAAACGGUGUCAGGAGCCACGGUGAUAACCAGGAACUAACUUUUUAACAGCUUUCGAUGGAACAAACUCCGAGUGAAACCCCUCAGAAAACAUUUGAGUGCCAGUUGUGUGGCUUGAGUACCCCUUUUACUUACUACGGCCAGAAACCGCCCAACACCAGAGCGAUUGUGUUGCUUGAGGAGUGCUUUGUGACCAAAGACCCCUUCUGUCCGGACAAGGAGAAGUUUUUGGUUUUGGGCUCCACCUGCAGCCUGUGCAGCAUGUGUGUCUGUGUCGGAUCGGAUUGCAGUCUCUUCUACACCAAGAGGUUCUGCAUGCAGUGCGUGAACAAGAACUUGGACCAGUUCCCCCAUCAGAUCCAGACCGAGCUGGCAAAGAAGAAGCAAAGUUGACCCCAGAGCUCCAUAAGCUGCUCCUCAGGCCUCCAUAACGGCUCCAAACGGACUAAAGCUGGGUCCAGCCCACAGAUCCCAGUGAACUAAACUAAGAUUCCUAAAUUGUCUGACAUGUUUUCAAUGGUUUAAAAGUGUUCUUUUAGUUUUUUUUAUUAUAAAUGCCUUUUU